CCCGGCCGUUGUAUCUAAUAAAAAGGACCAGGGCGAAGAAUAACCUCUCAUUUCGCGUCUUCCUGUCUGACUACUCAGAGGAAGUGAAUGCAAGGUCCCGGAGUCGCUUCCGGUGUCAUUUUAUCCAGACCGACAAGCGAGGCUUCACGCGGGAAACGGUGGAUAUAGCUUUUGACAGUAAUUUGGGUGCCAGGGGAGCAGGAAUCAGAGAUGGGGGACAUGCUGGAGUUUAAUGAGAUCUACCAGGAAGUGAAAGGCUCCUGGAAUGAUGGCCGUUUGCGGUUCAGUAAGCAGACUGUGGUGUAUAAGAGCAGUAAGACGGGGAAAGUGGACUCCAUCUCUGUGCCCGAUCUGACCCAAGCUCAGUGGAGGCGUGUAUGUCUUGGACAUGGAAUCAAGUUGGUCACCAGCACUGGCCAUGUCUACAAAUACGAUGGCUUCAAGGACUCGGAUUUUGAGAAGAUUUCGGAGUACUUUAAGGCUAAUUACAAGGUGGAGCUGGCAGAGAAGGACAUGUGUGUGAAGGGCUGGAACUGGGGCACUGCCAAAUUCUCAGGACCGCUGCUGUCCUUCGACAUAAAUGAGACCCCUGCCUUCGAGGUUCCACUGUCCAGCGUGUCGCAGUGCGCCACGGGGAAAAACGAGGUGACGCUUGAGUUCCACCAGAACGACGAUGCUGAGGUGUCCCUGAUGGAAGUGCGCUUCUAUGUGCCCCCCAGCACCGGGGAUGAGGGAACUGACCCUGUGGAGGCCUUUGCUCAGAAUGUGCUGUCAAAGGCAGAUGUAAUCCAGGCCACGGGCGAUGCCGUCUGCAUCUUCAAAGAGCUGCAGUGUCUCACUCCUAGGGGAAGGUAUGAUAUCCGCAUCUAUCCCACCUUCCUGCACCUCCAUGGCAAGACGUUUGACUACAAGAUCCCCUACACCACUGUGCUCCGCCUUUUCCUGCUCCCUCAUAAGGACCAGAGGCAGAUGUUCUUUGUGAUCAGCUUGGAUCCUCCCAUUAAGCAGGGCCAGACUCGAUAUCAUUUCCUCAUCCUGCUCUUCUCCAAGGAGGAGGACAUCUCUCUCACCCUCAACAUGAGCGAAGAGGAUGUGGAGAAGCGUUUUGAGGGGAAGCUGAGUAAAAGCAUGUCCGGCUCCCUAUAUGAGAUGGUCAGUCGGGUGAUGAAGGCCCUGGUCAACAGGAAGAUUACGGUCCCAGGAAACUUCCAAGGGCACUCGGGUGCACAGUGUAUUACCUGCUCGUAUAAGGCCAGUUCUGGGCUGCUGUACCCGUUGGAGAGAGGCUUUAUCUAUGUGCACAAGCCACCGGUACACCUGCGCUUUGAUGAGAUCUCUUGUGUGAACUUCGCUCGCGGCACCACAACCACCCGUUCCUUCGACUUUGAGAUCGAGACCAAGCAAGGCAACCAGUACACCUUCAGCAGCAUUGAGAGAGAAGAAUACGGGAAACUCUUUGAUUUUGUCAAUGCGAAGAAACUGAACAUCAAGAACAGAGGAUUUAAAGAGGGCAUGAAGGGGAAUGACAACAUGUACAGCGACUCGGACGAGGACCAGCACGAUGCCUACCUGGAGAGGAUGAAGCAGGAAGGGAAGAUCCGAGAGGAGGCUAAUGACAGCGAUGACUCGGAGGGAGAGAGCGAUGAGUCAUUCAACCCUGGAGAGGAGGAUGAAGAUAUCGCAGAGGAGUAUGACAGCAACGCCUCGGCGAGCGACAGCAGUGCGGAAGACGCGGAUGACAGUGAUGACGGUGCCAAGAAGAAACCUGCCAAGAAACCCAAAAUCACAGAGCGCAAGGAAAAGAAACCACGCAAAAAAGAAAAAAAAGUGAAGGAUGCUGGUGCCCCCAAGAGGCCAAUGAGUGCCUACAUGCUGUGGCUCAACUCCAGCCGUGAGCGCAUCAAGGCCGAGCACCCUGGCAUCUCUGUCACUGAGAUCUCAAAGAAAGCCGGCGAGAUGUGGAAACAGAUAAGCAAGGACAAGAGAGAGGAGUGGGAUCUGAAGGCGGAGGAGGCGAAGAGGCAGUAUGAGGAGGCCAUGAAAGAGUACAGAGAGAGGGGAGGCGGCUCCUCGGUCUCUGCCAAAAAAGAGACAAAGAAGAAGAGGGGAAAGAGUGAUGAGAAGAAGAAGAAAGGAGGAGGGCGUGGAGCAGAACGGGAGAAGGAAAGGACCGGGGGAAACGACAGCUUCAAAAGCCGCGAAUUCAUCUCUGACUCGGAGAGCUCGUCAGAUUCUGCACGUGGUAACAGCAGUAAAGCCAAGGGUUCAGAUGAUGAGGAAGAGGAAAUUGCCAGCACACCACCAAGCUCAGAGUCGGGGUCAGACUGAGUUUUUGGGGUUAUCAUCAAGGUAGUGAUAACACUGCCCACUCACCAAUUGACAGAGAGGCACACAGAUGCAUUGGGAACUAUAGAAACCUCUGUCCCUCACACGCACACAUAACACACACAUAUACAAGCUCUUUACAUUGACCAACUCUUCUUUUUGUAAAUACCUUUUUGUUACUCGGUGCAACCAACAUUCAUAUUAUUUCCCUAUUUUUAGAUGCCAGCAGCAGUUCAUCCCAAUAUCCAUUCUAGAUAUGGUUGUUAAAAAUACAGGGGGGAAAAAAAAGCAUCCAAAACUGUUCACUGAAUUGGCAUUUUGAAUUUAUUUCAGGUACAGAUAUAUGGGUCACAUUCCUACUAGCUUGUAGGUUAUGUUUAUAAUGGUGUGUGAUGGGUUUGGACACAUAGAAUUGUGGGUUUUGUAGUGUUCCCCAGUGUCUGCUUUUGACUUGACAAAUUAUGGUAAAUGUACAAAAAUCGAGACUACAGUCCCCAGAUCAAUCUCAGUCUUGUUCAACUUUUUUUUUUAACCUUAGAAAAUAUAAGUGAAGUGAACUGUUAGCACAGCACUGUGAUUGUAUUUUUUGUUUCAUUUUGUGCUCUUAUUAAAAUAAUACAUUUGUCUUUUUGUAAUAAAAAAAAAGUAAAAAAAUAAAAAUCUAAAGAUUUUUCUCUUCCA